CUCCAGCUGCUGCACGACGCCCAGGAGAGAUUAGUCUUUCGCACCCAUCUGUACCUCCAAUCAGACAUUUUGGGGUACAAUCCAUCCCCCGGGGACCUCGCCUACCCGAAUAAACUCAAAAUGAUGGAGGACAUAGCUGAGUCUCUGCGAGAGGAAAAUCGCCAGGCAAAAAUCAAGAAGAUAUCAGUCUCCUCAAUAUCCUCAGUCUCCUCGAUCACCUCAAACAAUCUGGAAUUAGAAGCCCCCAAGUUCAUUCCAAUCGCUGGCUUCGACCCAAUCCACAAAUUAUCAGCCCCAUCCUCCUCGUCCUUCAACCUCAUCACCAAUUCCCCAGCUGAUCUCCACGGAAUGUGGUAUCCAACAGUACGAAGGACCCUCGUCUGCCUGUCGAGACUCUACAGAUGCCUAGAUCGCCCAGUAUUUCAGUCACUGAGCAGAGAAGCCAUCAAUUUUUGCAUCGAGAGCAUUGAAAAGGCGAAGGAGAAGAUCGAGGCGCGAGCCACAACACUGGACGCUCUAUUAUUCCAAGUAAAGCAUCUGCUCAUCCUGCGAGAGCAGAUUGCGCCCUUUCAGGUUGACUUCACAGUGAAAGAGUAUUCACUCGAUUUUUCGAAAGUUAAAACCGCAGCUUUUGGAUUACUCGAGAGAAGAUCCAGGGUUUUUGCGUUGUCAAAUAAUGCGUUGCUUGAGUUUUUGCUGGAGGGUGCACCCAGGAUGAAGGAGCAUCUCAUUGACUCCAGGAAGCAUGUGGACUCGAAGCUGAAGGCUGCUUGCCAGAUGCUGAUUCAGCACUGCACGAAGUUACUGGUUGAUCCUAUUGAUAAAUCACUGGGCUCUGUCAUCAGCAGCAAUGCCAGUGUCGCGAGUCCUCCAGGGAGUCCCAAUGCCCAGAAGGGCAUUGUCCCGGCUAAGGUGGAGCCUCAGGUAGUCGCUCAGGUGGUGAGCGAAGUGCUGAGACUGAUGAAAUUUCAACUGCCCAGUAUUCAACAGUCGAUGCAGCUGUACUUGGCUAAUCGAGAGACUGAGUCAAUCCUGUUUAGACCGAUUAGAAAUAAUAUUGUGGCGAUGUUCACGCAAUUGUCCCAGUGGCUGCACAGCAAUUACAGCAGUGAGGAGCAACUUUUGAUCGCCUGCCCACUGCCCGAACAGGUCUCCAUUAUGCUGAGCUCUUCGAGUCUUGCGCACACAUCGUCGAAUUACUCGAGCAAUCAACACCUGGAGCAGCAGCAUCAUCCUGUUGUUACGAAUGUGCCCACUGGAGCUACUACUGUUUGAUGGGAUUGAUGGAGGUGGUGAUUCUAGAGGGGAAGGGUGAAGAGGGGAUGAUUUCGAAGAUUUCUCACUGGUUCUUUAGAUGUUGUGAGGUAUUCCGUCUCAAUAUACGAGGUAUUCCAUUUCAAAUGACUCAACUGCUGACCCUCACCCUCUUGGAAAUUGAUCGCGAUUUUUUCUACGGUUGGGGGACCUGAAAACCUAUCUCUCAGUUUUUUUUAGAUCUUUUUUAACAGCCCAUUUCGGAGGUAUUUCUCAAUAACUCCAGUUCUAUUCAUCCGAUUUUUAUUUAUGACACGUCAAAAUGUUCGAUUUUUUACCAUCUAUCAGAAUACUUUGAGUAAUUUUUUUUUUUCACCUCUAGGGGAACAUGAUACCGAAUU